AUGACUAACUUGCCGAGACAACCUCUCAAGGAUAACAAAACUCGCAAACUCACUAACAUGGGUGACAUCGACAUGGCACAAAAAGAAUUCGGUUUUGACUUUUAUGCUAAGACCGUUUCGACGAAUGAAGACACCAGCAAGGGGGCGAUGUGGGAGCUGGAAAAGAGUCUUGAUCAGCCCAUGGAUGCAGAGGCCGGGAGACUGAGGAAUAUGUACAGAGAAAAGACCUAUCCAACAGUUUUGAUGCUACAACUAGCUUUCCAAAGCCUUGGUGUGGUGUUUGGGGAUUUAGGCACAUCGCCUCUUUAUGUUUUCUACAACAUCUUUCCUGAGAAGAUAGAAGACACCGAGCAAAUUAUUGGGGCACUCUCGCUUAUUAUCUACUCGCUUACUCUCAUUCCACUCGUUAAAUAUGUUUUUAUCGUCUUGAGGGCAAGCGAUAAUGGCCAAGGUGGAACUUUUGCUCUUUAUUCAUUGCUUUGCCGGCAUGCAAAGAUAAGCAUUAUUCCCAAUCAACAUAAAACCGAUGAAGACCUAACAACAUACAGCCGUCAGACAUAUCAUGAGAAGUCUCUUGCUGCAAAGAUCAAAAGAUGGUUAGAGGGGCACCAACUCAGAAAGAAUGUCAUUCUUAUUCUUGUACUUUUUGGUACUUGCAUGGCUGUUGGAGAUGGAAUUCUCACUCCUGCCAUAUCAGUUCUUUCUGCAACUGGUGGAAUAAAGGUCGAAGAGCCCAGAAUGGGAAAUGAUGUGGUUGUAAUAGUCUCCGUGGUGAUACUGAUUGGACUGUUCAGUAUGCAGCACUAUGGCACAGACAAAGUCAGCUGGCUUUUUGCACCAAUAGUAUUUGUUUGGUUCAUACUUAUUGGAAUCCUGGGGGCUGUAAACAUUUAUACAUAUGAUAGGUCGGUUCUCAAGGCAUUCAAUCCUGUUUAUGUAUAUCGUUAUUUUAAGCGAGGGAAGACUAGCUGGGCUUCCCUGGGAGGAAUUAUGCUCAGCAUAACAGGGACAGAAGCACUGUUUGCUGACCUUUCAUAUUUUCCCGUACAAGCUAUUCAGAUUGCUUUCACUACGGUUGUGUUCCCAUGUCUUCUUUUGCAAUAUACUGGUCAAGCUGCAUAUAUAGCCAUGCACAAAGACAAAGUCUCCCACUCCUUCUAUUUUUCUCUUCCAGAGCGUAUACUUUGGCCAGCAUUUGUCGUUGCAACAGCUGCUGCAAUAGUUUCUAGCCAGGCAACCAUUUCCGCGACGUACUCAAUUAUCAAGCAAGCGCUAGCGGUGGGAUGCUUCCCCAGGGUGAAGAUCAUCCAUACAUCGAAGAAGUAUCUUGGCCAGAUAUACAGUCCUGAUAUUAAUUGGAUCCUCAUGAUUCUCUGUAUUGCCGUCACCGCUGGAUUCAAGAAUCAGUCCCAGAUUGCAAAUGCUUAUGGUACAGCUGUGAUAAUGGUCAUGCUUGUGACAACAUUUCUCAUGGUCCCCAUAAUGCUGCUGGUAUGGCGCAGCCAUUGGGCCUUGGUCGUCCUCUUCACGGCGCUGUCACUGGUCGUCGAGAUCCCGUACUUGACCGCCGUCAUGAAGAAGAUUGACCAGGGCGGCUGGGUUCCUCUCGUGUUUGCCGCCGCCAUCCUCCUCGUCAUGUAUGUGUGGCAUUACGGCACGCUCAAGCGCUACGAGUUCGAGAUGCACAGCAAGGUGUCCAUGGCGUGGAUCCUAGGCCUUGGCCCGAGCCUCGGCCUGGUCCGGGUACCCGGGAUAGGUCUGGUGUACACGGAGCUGGCGAGCGGCGUCCCCCACAUCUUCUCACACUUCAUCACCAACCUCCCGGCGAUCCACUCCACCCUGGUGUUCGUCUGCGUCAAGUACCUGCCGGUGUACACAGUGCCGCUGGACGAGCGGUUCCUGGUGAAGCGGAUUGGCCCCAAGAACUUCCACAUGUUCCGCUGCGUGGCGCGGUACGGCUACAAGGACAUCCACAGGAAGGACGACGACUUCGAGAAGAUGCUAUUCAGCAGCCUGCUGCUCUUCAUCCGGCUGGAGAGCAUGAUGGAGGAGUACUCGGACUCCGAUGAGUACAGUGCCCUGGACCAGCAGGAGCUGAUCGACGAGGUGAGCAGUGACGCCAGGUCCGCCGCCGACCUCAGCUACGCCUCCCGUGACUCCAUCGUGCCGGUGCGCUCCCCGAACCGCCUGGGGGCCAUGUCGUCGGCGCAGGCUACAACGGCGACCCCAGGGUUUGAGACCGUGGGCGACGAGGUCGCGUUCCUGAACUCGUGCAGGGACGCCGGGGUCGUGCACAUCCUUGGGAACACCGUCAUCAGAGCUCGCAGGGACUCGGGGCCGCUGAAGAAGCUCGCCAUCGACUACCUCUACGCCUUCCUGAGGAAGAUCUGCAGGGAGAACAGCGCCAUCUUCAAUGUUCCCCAUGAGAGCCUGUUGAAUGUUGGGCAGGUGUUCUAUGUGUAG